AUGCCGAUUGGCCACUGGACUAUCACGGAGGACUCCGAGGCGGAGCAAUCAAGAUAUUAUACUGCGGCUCGCUCGCACAUGUCAAUGCGCAUGCUGGAGUCUGGCAAUCUCCUGACCGUUCAAGCUUUUUUAUUGAUGGGCAACUAUCUUCAAAAGAGAGAUAGACCAAAUACCGGGUAUAACUUCAUCGGCAUCGCAUAUCGGAUGGCACUUGGUCUUGGGCUUCAUCGAGAGCCACCUGGAGGAAUGACUCCUUCCGAGCCGUUUUCCAAUGAACGCAGACGAGUGAUAUGGUGGAUUGCUUAUUGCUUUGACAGUGGCUUCAGCUUCACAACAGGUCGGCCAAUUAUGGUAUCGGACUCCUUUAUUGAGACUAAGCUCCCACGAAACAUAGAUGACUCUGCAUGCACAUUGGAUGGGGGCAUACCUGAUUCGACCGGUAACCCUACUACCUACUCUGCACUUAUUGCACAAUCUCGGAUGGCAUCGAUUGGGAAUGUUGUUUUCAGUGAAAUAAUAUCCCCCUCAACACAAACUCUCGUGGAUCUGAGAACAUCGCGCUCUAUUGACAACCAACUCAAAGCCUGGAAACUCUCGCUCCCUUCUUAUUUUACAGCUCACGGUGUCCCAGAAUGGUUCCGUGGUCCACGUGCAAUCGUAUUAUGGAAAGAGGAGAACAUUCGAUUACUGCUGUGGUGGAGUAGCAAGCGGAUGUGUACGUCACCGUCUGAUCAUGAAGAGGCACAGAAUAUGUGCAACUUCACUGCAGUGGAGACCAUCCAAGAUAUAUCGAACUUUUGUCGUGAGAAUUCCGAGAUUCUUCACACUGGUGUCAGCUGGUAUGCUACAUACUACCUCUUCCAAGCCGCAGUGGUUCUAAGCAUCCACCACCUUCGUCCAACUGAAUCUAUAAACCGAAAUUUGGAUAAUAUUGGUGCGGAGCUUUGGUCUUCUUCGAUUAAUAGAUCUCGUGAAUGCUUGAAUGCCUUGAGCCGAACCAAUACGGCUGCAAUGCGGUGUUUGGAAGUUCUUGAAAGAAUUAGCGAGCAACCUCAGUCGGGUCCGCAUCUCCCAUGCUUGGUCUCAACCUCGCAGGUCAAUUGCCCAUCAGACAUUGUACAACAGGAAGCCAUAGCCAGGGAUGUGGAUGUUCCCGCCCCAAUGCUAGCGGUUGACCCUACACUUCAAAUGCUUUUUGAGGACACUUCUUGGGACAAGGACCUUUUCCACGACCUCAAUGGCUUUCCUAGCACGGGCGAGGGAGAAGCAUUCGACUAUUUACCACCCAGUACAGAGCCUGGGUGGCUCAAAUUCUCAGACCCAGCUGGACAUGGUUCGAAUUCCACCGCAUAA